GCCCGUCUGUUUGCCUCCUGUUUGUGUUCAGCGGCAGGAUGUGCAGCAGCAUCUCCACGGAUCUUUAAAACACUGAUGCGGGAUACGCACUUAAAACCGCCUGUGGAUGCAACGAAAAGUACUGGAUUCUGGAUUUGAAGGAGGAAAAGCAGCGGAGGAAAACGCGGGGAAAGGAACCGCUUAUUAAUUUCUCUUUUUUGGGGGGGCUCUGUGGAGAAGGAGGAGGAGGAGGAGGGAAUCAUAAAAGAAGUUUGAGCCCGGCAUUAAUAUUUGAACAAAGACUGAGCGCUGCAAAAGUAGACAUCUCACGGUUCCUCUUUUCCUUUCUAACCGGGAAUGAUUAUGAAGUGUUGCUAAGGCCCCUGGAGAGGCGCGUUGGACACCGGAGACCGGGGGCUUGGGCGCACCAUUACAGGAGGUGAAUGAUGGCCGAGGAUGGGGGAUAUCUCUCCAGGGUCCCCGACGCCAGGGGUUCGGAGGGUCGCUCCUCUCUGCCGAGGACUUUCAUCCGGCUCAACGACCUGUCCGGGGUCGGGACAGGAGGUGGGGAGAGCGGCGAGAUGGUGGUGGAGCCGUUGUCCCCGGCGCCCGACGGGAUCUCUACAGGCGGGGAGGACGCAUCGACCAGCGGCGGGGAGAACCUACCCUACCCCACCCUGGCCCCCGUGGUCUUCUUCUACCUGAAACAAACCACCCCGCCUCGGAGCUGGUGCCUCAAGAUGGUCUGCAGCACAUGGUUUGAGCAAGCGUCCAUAUUGGUGAUCCUGCUGAACUGUGUGACGCUGGGCAUGUUUCACCCCUGCGAGGACAUGGAGGAGUGCGACUCUGAGAGGUGCAGGAUCCUGCAGGCCUUUGACAACUUCAUCUUCGCGUUCUUUGCCAUUGAGAUGGUGAUCAAGAUGGUGGCUCUGGGGAUUUUUGGCAAGAAGUGUUACCUUGGGGACACAUGGAACCGCUUGGACUUCUUCAUAGUACUGGCUGGGAUGUUGGAGUACUCCCUCAACCUGCAGAACGUCAGCUUUUCAGCGGUGAGGACGGUUCGCGUGCUGAGACCACUGAGAGCCAUCAACCGAGUGCCAAGUAUGCGUAUCCUGGUGACCCUAUUGUUGGACACCCUGCCAAUGCUUGGCAACGUGCUGCUGCUCUGCUUCUUUGUCUUCUUCAUAUUCGGCAUUGUGGGCGUCCAGCUGUGGUCCGGCCUGCUCAGAAACCGCUGCUACGUGGAAGAAAACUUCUCCUUCCCUCUGUCUGUGAAGUCGGAGAAGUUGCAUGAAUACUACCACACUGAAAAUGAUGAUGAGAACCCCUUCAUCUGCUCUCAGCGCCAAAACAAUGGCAUGAGGAACUGCAGCUCGGUCCCCAAGCUGUAUGAGGGAAACGUGCAGUGCACCCUGGGCAUGGAAUCUUACAACAGCACUGACAACACCACUUGCGUCAACUGGAACCAGUACUACACCAAGUGUGCUACUGGUCCGUCCAACCCUUUCAAGGGAGCCAUCAACUUUGACAAUAUCUGCUAUGCCUGGAUUGCAAUCUUUCAGGUGAUCACUCUGGAGGGCUGGGUGGAUAUUAUGUAUUUUGUGAUGGAUGCUCAAUCCUUCUACAACUUCAUCUACUUCAUCCUACUCAUCAUUAUUGGCUCAUUCUUCAUGAUCAAUCUAUGCCUGGUGGUCAUCGCCACUCAGUUCUCAGAGACCAAGCAGAGGGAGAGCCAGCUGAUGAAGGAGCAGCGGGUGCGCUUCAUGUCCAACGCCAGCACUCUGGCCUCUGAGCCAGGCUCCUGCUACGAUGAGCUCCUCAAGUUCGUGGUUCGCAUUGUCCGGAAGGGGGCCAGACAAGUAGCCCAUAUCUGCAGGCUCUUGGCUCGCCGUGCCGGGCUGAACAUCGCCGCCUCUCCCCCGGCCGCGGAGCCCCAGCGUAGCCAGAGGAGGAGGAGGAAGUUCUCCAGGCAGGGAUCCAUGUCGGUUCAUCACAUGGUGCACCAUCAUCACCACCACCACCAUCACUACCACCUGGGAAAUGGCAGCGUGAGGGGAGGAGGGAGCACCUGGUGUAUGGAGGGUAGGGAUGUGGAGGCUGGAGCUCAUAAUAACAACGGAGGGGCUAUUUUAGCAACAUCCAGCACCGGGCAGCUUGCUUUGGUGCCGCCCUCUUCUGUGACAUCAGCCACCUCUGAUUCGAACCAUGCCACUGCAGGAGCUGCUGAUUCAGCUUCAGUUCGCAGUGUGUUCAACAUGGAAACGCUUCGCUGUACCCCUUCGCCCACGGGCAUGGGGCCAACUCCAGGUUCCUUCUCCCUUGCCCCUGUUCCCUUGAAGAAGAGGAACUCAGUGCCCUUCGCUGCUCCAGGCCCUAAAAACUAUCCCACCCUGCAGGCCCGAGCCCUAGCAGAGUCCAGACGAGGAAGUGUUGCAGCCAGCACUUUGACUAAUAUCAGCUUCAACCUCAAUAUCCCACCCAUGUCCCUGGAGAGACGGCCAUCGAGCCUGGUGGAGGCUCACUUGCCCUCAGCCCAGCUCUCCUGCCAGCUGUCAGCCCGUGACCUCAGCACCACCAGCAGUGCCAUGGACACGGCUGCUUUGACAUUGGACCCUGAGAACUGCCCUUACUGCGCCAAGGCCCUGGCCAACGAGUCAGAGGGCGGAACCGAGGGCAAUGAGACACCCGGUGAUUCCGACAGCGAGGGUGUUUAUGAGUUCACCCAGGACCUCCACCACAGGGACAGGAGAGACAGCCGGCAGCCCAAAAAGAAGCACCGAAGGCUGGGCAAAACCGCAGCGAAGGCGGUUCACUUCUGGAGGCUGGUGUGUGACACGUUCAGGAAGAUCGUGGACAGCAAGUACUUUGGACGAGGGAUUAUGAUCGCCAUUCUGAUUAAUACUCUGAGCAUGGGGAUCGAGUACCAUGAGCAGCCUGAAGAGUUGACCAAUGCGUUGGAGAUCAGCAACAUUGUGUUCACCAGCCUCUUCUCUCUGGAGAUGCUGUUGAAGAUUUUGGUCUAUGGGCCCUUUGGCUACAUCAAGAAUCCCUACAAUAUCUUCGAUGGCAUCAUUGUGGUCAUCAGUGUGUGGGAGAUCGGUCAUCAGGGCGGUGGUCUCUCCGUGCUGAGGACCUUCCGGCUGAUGCGGGUGCUGAAGCUGGUGCGUUUCAUGCCGGCCCUGCAGAGGCAGCUGGUGGUGCUGAUGAAGACCAUGGACAACGUGGCCACCUUCUGCAUGCUGCUAAUGCUCUUUAUCUUCAUCUUCAGUAUCCUGGGAAUGCAUCUGUUUGGUUGUAAGUUUGGCUCGGAGAGGGCUGAAGACACUCUGCCUGACAGGAAGAACUUCGACUCUCUUCUCUGGGCCAUAGUGACUGUCUUCCAGAUCCUCACCCAGGAGGACUGGAACAAGGUGUUAUACAACGGCAUGGCCUCCACCUCUCCUGUAGCUGCCCUCUACUUCAUCGCACUCAUGACCUUUGGAAACUACGUCCUCUUCAACUUGCUGGUGGCCAUCUUGGUUGAGGGUUUCCAGACAGAGGAAGUGUCCAAGCGGGAGGACUUGCAUGCCCAGCUGAGCCUAAUUCAGCUGCCUGUAGACUCAGGGGGUGAUGCUUCCAAAUCGGGUUCGGACAUUGAUUCCUUCACACGAUGUUUGGAGGAUGCCAACGGCAGCAAGAAGGAUUUAUCGGCUUCUGCAGUAGUGCCUGUAAAUGGUCAUGUGGACCUGAAGACCAGCCUGACUCCGCCUCUAAUCACUCACACGGCUGCCACCCCCAUGCCUGUACCAAAGCUGCCCGUCGGAGGUGACCCCAUCCUGGGCUACGAGUCCCGUCGAGGCAGCAACGUCUCCAUAGACCCAGCCUGCUAUGACAAAUCACCGACCAGUGCCCGGAGCUCUUCUCCCUACGCCCCACUGGGCUCCGGCAGCGGCUGGACCAGUCGACGAUCCAGCUGGAACAACCUUGGUCGGGCUCCGUCACUCAAACGCCAGAAGCGGCAGUCUGGGGAGCGACGCUCUCUCCUCUCCGGGGAAGGCGACUCCAGUUCAGAAGACGGUGAGGGCGGAGGAGAAGGAGGUGGUGGGCUGAUGGAGGAUGAUAACACCUCCCUGGCCAGGACAGACUCCAUGUCACAGUCACAGAGAGGUCCCCGACAUCGCAGGAUGGAGUCGGUGGAGACUCGGAGCUCCAUGGAUUUGCCACCUGAUGCUCAGCUACAGGUACCCUACCUGUACCGCACAGCCAGCAUGCACAGCUCCAGACCCCCCUCAAUGGGCCACAUACGGCCCACAGAGCACAGCGACUGCAAUGGAAAGGGUUCUCUAUCAGUUUUGGGUCCAACACAUGUCUCGCUGGAGGACAACACUGAAGACGAAAACGCAGAGGAGGAGCCCAACCUGGGACGUUUUGCCAGAUUGUUCCGCUGGCUGGAGAAGAAGCAGCCAGAGUGGUGUCGACAGAGAGACACCUGGUCACUCUACCUCUUCCCUCCAGAGUCCAGGUUUCGGAUCCUGUGCAAGAAGAUCAUCACCCACAAGAUGUUUGACCAUAUUGUGCUGGUCAUCAUAUUCCUCAACUGCAUCACCAUCGCCAUGGAGAGGCCUGGCAUCCAGCCCACCGAACGGAUCUUCCUCACGUUGUCCAACUACAUCUUCACGGCGAUCUUUGUGGCUGAGAUGACUGUAAAGAUCAUAGCUAUGGGCUGGUGCUUUGGGGACAAGGCCUAUCUGAGGAGCAGCUGGAAUAUUCUGGAUGGGAUGUUGGUGAUGAUUUCCGUUAUUGACAUCCUGGUGUAUCUCAUCUCCAAAUCGGGUACCAAGAUCCUGGGCAUGCUCAGAGUGCUGAGGCUGCUGAGGACCCUGAGGCCGCUACGUGUGAUUAGCAGAGCCCCAGGGCUGAAGCUUGUGGUGGAGACCCUGAUGUCAUCACUGAAGCCCAUCGGCAACAUUGUGGUCAUCUGCUGCGCCUUCUUCAUUAUCUUUGGUAUCCUGGGAGUACAGCUCUUCAAGGGGAAGUUCUUCUUUUGUCAAGGAGUAGAACAUCGUGUAAACAUCGCCAACAGGACAGAUUGUGAGCAUGCCAACUACACAUGGGUCAGACACAAGUACAACUUUGACAACCUGGGACAGGCCUUGAUGUCUCUUUUUGUUCUGGCGUCAAAAGAUGGCUGGGUGGACAUUAUGUAUAACGGACUGGAUGCUGUAGAAGUUGACAGACAGCCAAAAUUGAACCACAACCCAUGGAUGCUGCUUUACUUCAUCUCUUUCCUGCUCAUCGUGGCCUUCUUCGUGCUCAACAUGUUUGUGGGUGUGGUGGUAGAGAACUUCCACAAGUGCCGACGCCACCAGGAGGUCGAGGAGGCCAAGCGCAGGGAGGAGAAGAGACUGAAACGCAGGGAGAAAAAGAGACGGAAUUUAUUGGUUCCGGGGGUGAGUUGGGCCCUCUCUGAAGGCACAUUGAAAGAAGCUCAGAGUAAGCCCUACUACUCCGAUUACUCCCCCACCCGUCUGCUCAUCCACAAGAUGUGCACCAGCCACUACCUGGACCUGUUCAUCACCAUCGUCAUAGGGCUUAACGUCAUCACCAUGUCCACGGAGCACUUCGACCAGCCCAAGGAGUUGAGCAAGGCAUUGAAGAUCUGUAACUACAUCUUCACCCUCAUCUUUGUCUUGGAGUCCAUCUUCAAGCUGGUGGCCUUCGGUUUCCGACGUUUCUUCAAGGACAAGUGGAACCAGCUGGAUCUGGCCAUUGUGUUGCUGUCUAUCAUGGGUAUCACUCUGGAGGAGAUUGAUGACAGUUCUUCACUGCCCAUCAACCCCACCAUCAUCCGCAUUAUGAGAGUGCUGAGGAUCGCACGAGUAUUGAAGCUCUUGAAGAUGGCGGUGGGGAUGAGAGCUUUGCUGGACACCGUUAUGCAAGCCCUGCCUCAGGUGGGGAAUCUGGGUCUUCUCUUCAUGCUUCUCUUCUUUAUCUAUGCAGCGCUGGGAGUGGAGCUGUUUGGUAACUUGAUUUGUGAUGAAUUCCACCAAUGUGAGGGUCUGGGGCGCUAUGCUACAUUUAAAAACUUUGGGAUGGCAUUUCUGCUGCUCUUUAGAGUUGCCACCGGGGACAACUGGAAUGGCAUAAUGAAGGACACAUUAAGAGACUGCACCCAUGACAACAGCACCUGCUACAACACUGUGGUCUCUCCCAUCUACUUUGUCUCCUUCGUCUUGACUGCUCAGUUUGUCCUGGUCAAUGUUGUCAUCGCCGUCCUGAUGAAGCACCUGGAGGAGAGCAACAAGGAAGUCAAAGCGGGUGCAGAGCCUGAAACGGACCUAGAACUAGAGCUCCAGGCAGAUGGAGGAGACAUGGCAACGAGGCCCCACCAGCUAAACCCGCUAGCGCUGGGCAUGGACAGGUCAAGUUCUGGGGGUUCACCCUGGAGGUCCACCGGAGGAGGGGACAUGGAACAGGAAAGGGACGGUCCUAUGGACUCACCCACUGCUGAUAUAACCAGAGACUCUGUAAACAUCAGAGCGGACCCUCCUUCAUGCCUGGACCAUGCUCUGGAGUUUGUCCAGCGGAGAGCGCUGUUUGACUCGGUCUCCCUGGUCAUCCAGGGUUCAAUGGAGGGAGAGUUGAGUCUGAUGGACAACCUGUCCGGCUCUAUCUGCCACUUCUACGCGCUGCCCCCCAAGCCCAGCAAGCACAGCAGCGACAAGAAGAUCCCUCUAGCGGAGAUGGAAGCUCUGUCUCUGGCCUCUGAGAAAUCCUGGUCCCUAGCUCUGACAGACGACUCGGCCCCCGACGAUUUUAACCCCCUCUUUCUAACCAGUCUGGAAUGCAAUCCGGAGCAGCUUGAUCCCGGGGAGCCACUGGGGGACAACCUGCUGAGUGUCAGGAAGCCCACAGUGGGACGCACACACUCCCUACCCAACGACAGCUACAUGUUCCUCCCUCUGCAGCCCUUUGGCCACACGGCCCCGGCUCCAGCACAGAUACAGGGGCCCCAGCACAUAAUGGGCACCCAUAGGGCCCAAUCAGGCUCCAGUGCCUCGGUAUGUUCGCAACCAGAAGUUUCCCAGCAGCUGACCGUUCCCACAGAACUCUUCAGACCCAUCAGCCCCCACAGCCACUCAGACUCGGAAAGUAUACCACGACUACGACCUCCCAGACGCGCACACACGCUAAGCCGCACGCUCCGCAGACAGGUUGCAGUGUCUACUGACUCUCAGGAGGCCCUGUGUUCAGACGGAGGGGAGAGCAAUGAAGGACUUGUGAAUGUGGCCUCACUGGGCCUCCCUCCAUCCCCCUCCUCUCCCUCACCCUGCUCCCAUCAUCAUCAGCAGCCUGCUCUCUGCCUGCUCCCCGCCACGCCAGGCGCCUCCCCUAAGCCCUCGCGCCCUAUCAGCGUGCAAACCCAGCAACACGAUCAGCACUGCCCCGCCUCCUACUCCCCUUCCUCCUCCUCCUCCUCCUCCUCGCCCUCCUCACCUCCUCCACUCUUACCAGCAAGGUCACACCAACAGGACGAGGCCUCUGUGGAUCAGGAGGUGUCCCUCAUUACCUGUGCCGGGUUGGCUGGCGGUGAUGACAUCAUGGCGGAGGACAGCGGCGAUGGUAAUGAGGGUUACACCUCCUACGCAGGCUGCCAGGAUAGUCGGAGUCCAUACUUGAGGCAGCUGAAGAGAUUCCACAGCGCCGACACGCAGGGCCGCAGCACCGUCCUGCCCGGCCCCCGGCCUUCUUCCUGGUUGGAUGACCCACGACGCCACUCUGUGGAAGUAUGUUCCUCGGUGGAGUCCAGCCCACAGUGCAGCACCACCUCCACCUCCUCUGGCUUUGUGUCUCAGGCCGACAGCCUGCAGAUCCACAGCCAGACCCCCACUCAGACCUCGUUGCCCUCACCUCGACGCAAGAAGAAGAUGAGCCCGCCCUGCAUCUCUGUAGACCCCCCUGACGGACUGGAGCCUCAGUCUGGGCUCUACGUGGGCCUGGGUGGGCUUGGGGGGUUAGGGAUGCCCCCUCCCGUGCCCAGCCGGGAUACCUGCCUGAGGAGGAGAGCGCCCUCCAGUGACUCCAAGGACUCCUUUGACCUGGCAGUUGGAGAGGGCUCAGGACAGGACGGAGGCUCGCCAAACCCCAACACCAACCCCAAGCUAUUGACUCUUCCCAGUUUCUCCUUUGAGAAGACAAGCUCUGAGCACUGAACACUGAUACUCCAACACACACAGAUACACACACGCACACAGCCGGACGAACCUUCCACACACACAAACACACGAUGCACUCUGUGUGUCUGUGAUGGUGAUAGUUCUAGUAAUAAUGCUGUAGAGAGUAAUAAUGGUAAAACUACAACAAACAGUAAAAACAUCCUUGGUUUCAUAAGGAGUGCAGUACUGUAGUAGUGUGACCAUCCCUUGUCUUUGUAUUAUUACUGCCAAAACAACCAGAGAAGAAGAAGAAGAGAAGACAUGAAACAACAAACUGGACUGUUUCUCUUCUGCUAUGCCUGCAUGCCUCUGGCUGCAGCUCGACCCCGUAACCUCUGGAGCGACAUCAGCACCUGGGAUUUGGCGCCCUCCGUGGUUGCCAUCUGAACUGCCUGAUGUCGCACAGGGUGGACUUUACCCGGUCAGUGGAGGUACAAAGCAAUAUGAACGUUUUAGAGACACUAUUUUCUUAAAUUAUUUGGUCAUAGUGUUUGUACAGGAUGUUGUUUUUUAAUUUCAUUCGAUCGUUAUUUUCAUGUCAUUUUUGUGAUUUUUUUUUGUCAGAAAUGGUUUGUCUUUGUCUUUUUUUUUCACUGUAGGAUAUUUCUAGCUUUCUUGGUUUACUGAGGAAAGUGAGCGUUUUUCAA